GAUUGAGUAGUAUACGUCAAAAUCAGUGAAAUGAGCCAAAGUGUCUUUCCGUAUUAAGGGAUGGUGAAACUGAAGAACAAGAAGAAGAAGAAGAAGAAGAAGAAAGUUGAUGCGAAAGAUGUCGGUGGGACUGCGAGGGAGAAUUGAGAUAUACGUAGAGAGUCGGGAAUGAGUGGAUUGGCGGCGCGAGGGUGCUACGGAGCAGUUGACGAUGUAGUAGGUGGAGCAGGGACGAGCUUACAGGGAGGGACUCUGACCGUUCAGAUGCACACGGCGGUGACGGUGCUCAGCAGUGUUCAGUUAGCGGCAAGCCGCCAGAGAGAGCGGCUGUUCUGUUUCUCCUACGUAUCCUGACUCUUCUGCACAUUCUCUCUCUGGUCCCUGUCGGAUGCGUAUCGCGAUAUCCUCUGUGAUAUAUCGUAUUUGAAGUUUGACGAUCAUCGCGUCUUCUUACUCGUUUUUAUUUCUCAAAAUACCACUGCCAUUGGUGUAGGACAAAACAUUGUUUACUUGAGCCUGCUGUAUUUGGAUCUAUUAGUAUCCCACGUGCGCGCCACGGAGAGACGAUGAGUUUCGAGAGUUUCGCGUGCCGCGACGUCAGCGUCGAGACGUCGCUUAUUACUCGAUGCUUAGGCUCUUAAAGGAGGAUAAUAAGAGGAAUAUACUUUGAAAAGUUCUAAAAACUGGGUUAACGGGAUUCCAUUGGGUUGUACAGUACUUGAUAUUAAAUAGGAUCUCCUUUACGCGGUUUGAGUGCGCGUGACAGAGGAUUGUAGUUUUUUAUUUGCAAGACAUGAGGAGUGUCUGAAAUUGCACGUGGGUGACACACCUUGAAGUUGCGUGAAAUUAUUCCAAGACGGAGAGAGCUAAAAGUGAAUACAAGUCAGGAUGAAUUCAAGGGGCAGUAAUGGUCUGAUACUCUUCCUCAGCGUCGUGAUGCUUGUAAUAAGAGGAGAGGCAGCCAGCGACAGCUUCGCCAAGAUGUUCUCCAGUCAACAGAAUCCAGCAGAUCCAUGUUAUGACGAAGACCGUCCACGUAGAUGUAUUCCGGACUUUGUGAAUGCAGCUUUUGGAACCGCUAUUGAAGCCUCCUCUACCUGCGGAACCGGUGGUCCCACGCGGUACUGCGACGUUUCGGAUCUUCCUGGAGGUGGCAUUGGGCAGUGUCACGUAUGCGACGACAGUACUCCUAGAAGAAGGUUCCCUCCGAGUUACCUUACGGAUUUGAACAAUCCUAAUAAUGUCACCUGUUGGCGUAGCGAGCCGUUAGUAUCUUCGCAGAGCUUCUCCGCCCCACCGGAUAACGUUACGCUCACCCUCAGCCUUGGCAAAAAGUACGAACUGACUUACGUUAGUCUGCAGUUUUGUCCUAAGGCAGCGAAACCGGACUCCAUAGCGAUUUACAAGUCCAUGGACUAUGGCAAGACCUGGCAACCCUUCCAGUUUUAUUCAUCCCAGUGCCGUCGUGUCUACGGACGGCCUAACAGGGCCACCAUCACCAAGGCUAACGAGCAGGAAGCACGUUGCACGGACAGCCAUCGUUACACAGGCGGCGACGGUCUCGGUCCCGUCGGUAGAAUCGCAUUCAGUACCCUGGAGGGUCGACCCUCUGCACCGGACUUCGACAAUUCGCCAGUCCUCCAGGAUUGGGUCACAGCCACGGAUAUUAAAGUGGUCUUCAAUAGACUGUACAUGCCCCAGCAAUCUCAGGACGGUGUGCAAGAAGAGAAUAUGGGUCUGGAGGAGAGUACAAAGCGCGAACGGGAGCGCGAAGAGAGACUAAAGAGUCAGAAAAUCAACCUCAUCGGAGAACAUCUAACAGGAGCCGCAACAGCUUUGCCAUCCGUUCACCAGGUUAUAGCACCCCAAGAGAUGCAGUCAAACGACGCUCUCGACAUUCAGGAGAUGAGCUUCGUCACUACCACUACCAGUACCACCCUCGCCCAUCAUUACGCCGUCUCAGACUUCGCCGUCGGCGGCAGAUGCAAGUGCAACGGACACGCAGCCAGGUGCCUUCCUGGCAAGGAUGGCGAAGUCAUCUGUGAGUGCAGACACAAUACCGCCGGCAGGGAUUGCGAGAGAUGCAGGCCCUUCCAUUUCGACAGACCCUGGGCCAGGGCGACAGCGAGGGAUGCCAACGAGUGCAAGGUGUGCAACUGCAACCUGCACGCGAGACGCUGCAGAUUCAACAUGGAGCUGUACAAGCUCUCGGGACGCGUCAGCGGAGGCGUCUGUCUGCAGUGCCGUCAUUUUACAGCAGGACGUCACUGUCACUAUUGCCGCGAAGGAUAUUACAGAGAUCCCGCAAGACCCAUCACGCAUCGUAAAGCCUGCAAACCGUGUGACUGCCAUCCUAUCGGUGCAUCCGGGAAGACUUGCAACCAGAGCACAGGACAGUGUCCCUGCAAGGACGGCGUCACGGGUACUACCUGUAACAGAUGCGCACGAGGAUACCAGCAGAGCAGAUCUCACAUUGCACCCUGCAUCAAGAUUCCAAAGGUCGUGCAAACUCAGGGAACUGCCGGCGAGGACAGCGGGGAGCACGACGAGGAGGACGAGGAGCGUUACGACGGCAGAGCUGAUCAGUGCGGAAAGUGUCGAGCCAGUACGCGACGUCUCAACCUGAACAAGUACUGCAAGCGGGACUAUGCUAUCCUCGUGAGAGUCGCGGAGAGGCACAAGAAGACCGAAGGCGGUGCACAACCUGGUAGCAAUGUGCCAGGUACCACCUGGAUUCGAUUCAGCCUGUACGUCGAGUCCGUUUAUAAAAGGUCCCAGGAUUCAAGGCUUCGUCGGGGACCUAUGACCCUGUACGUGCACUCGGCUGAUCUCGCCUGCAGAUGCCCCAAGAUCAAGCCCAACAAGUCGUACCUGAUUCUUGGGCAGGAGAGCGACGGCGGUGGCCAGAGUGGCAUCACUGUCACUCAAAGAUCAAUCGUCAUCGAAUGGCGCGAAGAGUGGCAUCGCAGGAUGCGUCGCUUUCAUCGGAGAGCAAGAUCCUGUCAUUGAAUGGACAGCGGGAACUCAAUCGAUGGAGGGACGGACUCGGAUAGCCGGCAGCCAUUGGCCGUCUAGAUCUUUUUUUUUUUUAAUUUUUCAUUUUAUUCGCCACGGGCUCGCGCGCCGUACCUCACUUGGCCACGUGUGGAGGCACGUGAGAUGAAAGAAGAAAGAAAAAUUAGAAAAUUUUCGUAUCUUUGAAUCUCUAUCGUUUUUGUUAUCUUUUCUUACCUUUUUUUUUUACUUCAUUUUUCUUCUUUCUUUUUCGAAUGUUUCUGCGCUUUAUCUAAUUAUAUUUUCGGUCAAAGUGUCUUUGGAGAAUUUGAGAAAGAAAAGUUUCAAGAUAUUUCAGAACGAUAGAGAUAAAGAUAUAAAAAUAAAGAGAGAGAGAGAGAGAGAGAGAGAGAGAGAGAGAGAAAUAAUUUUAUUUAGAUUUUUUAUGGCUAAGCCGAAGAACAGCAAAUUGCGAUUAAUUGCCCAACCCUGCUUGUCUAGGCAUCGUAUGGGAAACCGCGAACCUUUAUCGGUCCUAUGUGGCCUGACGUGACGUACGACGCAGGCGCCGCGGCGCUAUGCGUUACAACCGACUACGACUGUAAAUGGCACAAAGCUUCCUCUUAUUUAUUUAUUCCUCCUCAAUCACUCGCGAGCGUCACGACGAGCGUCACCCGUUAACACGAUACCCGUUCGUCUACUAUAAAUAUGCGUUCGUUAAUGUAGAUUUUCUUGUACAUUUUCUAUAUAAAUUAUAAAAGAUUUUUCUAGAUUUUAACGUAUGUAGGAUAUAGAGGCUAUAAGUCAUUGCGCAUCGGCGCGUUAUAACAUUGCUGGAGAGAAUGCGUAUUCUUUUCGAUGAAUUAUAUAAUAUAACGAUUAUGAAUGAUCAGGACGAUCGUUCGAUCUUCUUUAAGUUCUGUUAGAUACACAUUUAAAACAUUGUAUUCCUUUUUUCUUAUUGUCUCUAUUGAAAUUUACUUGAUUCACUUUGUACUCCUUGUUCCUAUUCUUCUUUGCCAAGAUGAUAGAAACGCGGAUCUUGUACAGAUAUAAACAGUAUUAAGAGAUUAAGACAUAAAAUAUAACAGGCUGAUCAUGCAUUAUUAUAUCUUAAACAGUCUUUUGUGAACGAUCGUCCUGUCAGGAUAUCCCGGAAUUGAACGAAAGAAAGAAUUAAUUGUUAACCGGACAUCAAGUAAGCAGAGUUAAUUCGGAUGAUAGGCAAUCGAGAAUCUUCCCCAAGUUAUAGAGCUAAAAUUGACUUAUUUACUCGCUUACUCGCGCGUUAGGAUGUGACAAUGCGUAUUAAAAAAACAAAACGAAUGAAAAAAAGAGAAAGAGUGCAUGCGAUAGUGCAGGAGUAUCGAAUAUCCCUUGGGAUAAAGGAAUUCGGUGUACUUCGGCAAGCAUCGACAGUAAUCGGAUUCACCAGACGCGUGCAUUAAACGCAAGUAAAAGUUUGAACGCAGGUGUAAGCGAAACCGUGAAUUGCACAGUGAAAUAACGAAGCGUGCCGAAGCAUGCCGAACUUUGCCGAGUGCCAUGGGCAGCCUAUAACUGUAUGUAUAGAAUGUAUUUAAUUAAGUUAGCGCUAUAUUAAGAACACAGAGGUUAUUACCAUCUAUUGGCGAUUAGCGUAAUGGGGGACGGUUAUACCUAUACGUUUACCGUGCGUAUUCCGUCUGCGCCGCGACGUCUCGCGUCGCGGUAUACGAACACAAUGCAUCCGUAAUUUAUGAUUCGUUUCGUCGUUCGUUUUACAAUCUUUUGGAGCGACGAUUAUAUCCCUUGUCUUGUCGGUAGCUGGAUGGAUUCCUUUGUUUACUUAUUUUUUAUUGUCAAUUUGUAUCCUCCGUCGGGACGCUGCUUUAUUAUCCGUAUGCGUCUACUAUGCCAAGAAACCUCUUGCUGCUCCUGCCGCUACUGCCGCUACCGACGGCGACGCUACUACUGCUGCGCCCGUUGAUAAACGAAAAUUUACCGACGACCGUCUAAUUGUUGUCGCUCGUUAAUUAUUGUAUGUAGGAUGUACGCGACGUCACGAUGAGUGUGCUAUUUAUACCUCCAGAUCAUAGUUGAACUAAUCGAUUGCUAUUGUAUUACGAUUAUAAUUAGCUCGAUUAAAUUAUUAAGUGUACCGUUCUGUAUUGUGGCGUAAUAAAUGUGAUUAGAUAUA